AUGAACACCCGCUUGCCCUACGCUGGCGAUUACAGGAAACUGCUCUUGGCUUUCGACCUUGGAACGACUUACAGCGGGAUCUCAUACAGUGUACUCGACCCCAGUCUUCCACCGACGAUUCAGCCCGUGACUAGGUAUCCUUCCCUUGAAGGCACUGGUAGCAAUGCCAAGAUCCCGACUAUCAUCUGUUACGAUCGGAAUGGCCGGAUGAGGGCGGCCGGCGCCGAAGCGAUAAGUGAAAAUAUCAAUGACAAGAUCCAAGAGGAGGGAUGGGUCAGAUGCGAAAAGUUCAAACUGCACCUCCGCCCUCCUGCCAAGGACGUCAAGUCAGACAAUAUCAACCAAGCCAUUUCACCGCUUCCGCCUGGCAAGAACGUCGUUACACUUUUUGCUGAUUUCUAUGCGUAUCUCUUUGAGUGUGCCAAGACCUUCAUACAGCAGACGCAUCCGAGCGGUGCGACAUUUUGGUCUUCGGUGGAGGAUUCGAUAGAGUUCAUCCUGAGCCAUCCGAACGGAUGGGAAGGGGCGCAGCAGGAACAGAUGCGCAAGGCUGCGGUGCAGGGCGGUCUCGUCAGUAAUGACGCCAAGAACACGCGUGUACACUUUGUUACCGAAGGAGAGGCUAGUCUGCACUUUUGUAUUCAGAAAGGUCUUUCAUCACAUGUGAAGAAAGGAGAAGGCGUAAUUAUUGUCGACGCUGGAGGCGGCACUGUCGAUAUUAGUAGCUACACUAGUGUUUCGGCUGAAGGUGCUGCGAAAUAUUCAUUCCAAGAGAUUGCCGCCCCAUUUUGUGACUUUACUGGAUCAAUUUUUGUCACGCAGAGCGCUCGUACUCACAUUGACGAAAAGUUGAAAGGCUCUAAAUAUUACGACGAUGUUGGCCAUAUCGCAGAAUGCUUCGACAAGUCUACGAAGCUUCGUUUCAAAGACCCGGAGGAGCCGUCUUUCGUUAAAUUCGGGAGCCUCCGUGACAGGGACAACGCGCGCGAUAUCCGAUCGGGUCAACUCAAAUUGAAAGGGUCAGAUGUUGCGACCUUCUUUGAACCAUCGAUAACUUCCAUCACUAAAGCUAUCGAUGCCCAAAGAGCCGCAUCGACAAAGCCUGUUUCGGCUGUUUUUCUCGUUGGUGGUUUUGCUGCGAGUGAUUGGCUCUUCCUUAAAGUACAAGAGCACACAAGUUCGCUUGGCUUGACCCUUGCUCGACCUGAUAGUCAUGUGAACAAAGCAGUCGCUGACGGUGCCGUCUCGUUUCACCUCGAUCACGCUGUUACCGCCCGUGUCUCGCCCUAUAAUUACGGCGUGACGGUGUGUACUGCAUUUGACGGCCUGGAUAUGGAACAUGUUUCCCGUCGUGCGCAGAUGUUCGUGGACCCAUCUGGCGUGCGUCGCUUGGCCGGGCAAUACGAUAUCAUCCUUGCCAAGGACGUCUUGGUGUCGGAAGAGACAGAAUUUAGUCAAUCUUAUUGCAGAAUUGGACGGUCUUUGUCGGAUUUGAGUACCAUCACGACCUCGAUAUGGCGCUACAACGGGGAAAGGGAGCAUCCGAGAUGGAUGGACGUGGAGAAUGACAAGUAUUCAGUACUGUGUCGCAUUACGGCUGAUACAUCUGUCGCGGCAAAGUCACUCAUAGCCCAGCGUUGUUCCGACGGAACCUACUACUACCGGUUGAGUAUAGAUGUCAUUAUGCUGUUUGGGAUGACAGAGUUGAAAGCACAACUUGCGUGGAUCGAGAAUGUGAGUUACAUGGACUAUGACUUUACACGCGCCGCUAUUAACGAUAUUUUUUCUUCUGUUCUAGGGCGAAGAGAAGAGGUAAUACUGUGCUUCUGCUGA